AAUUGAAGGAAAACCUAACUCAGACAAGAGAUGCCGUGCGCAGUAGUUCGUUCGCCGGUGUUCUCGCCAUCGCCGGUGUUCAGCAAAUCAACUGCUUCAUCUCCGAUCAGCCGGAACCUUUAUGUUUCCUCAUCAUUGUCACCGUCCAACUCAUCGUCGGUGUCGCCUUUACGCUCGCUGACUCUCCGACUUCCCACCCAGACCCGCAAUUUUAUUCGGAACGAAAUUAAUGAAGAUCCAUCUUGCUCAACCUCGUCUACAACCCCUACACCGGUUUUGAAGAGAAAGAGGCCGGCGAAAAUCAAUAUUCCGAUAUUGCCGUUGAAUUUCGAUUCAUGUGUUCAGACUCCGAGGGGUGAUGAUAGAUUGGACGAGGUUGAGGUUGAAGGAGAAGGGUACUCCGUGUACUGUAAAAGAGGAAAAAGGGGUGUUAUGGAGGAUAGGUAUUCGGCCAUCGUUGAUCACCAAGACUCUAAACAGGUUUUUUUCGCCAUAUUUGAUGGGCAUGGAGGAGCUGCAGCUGCAGAGUUUUCAGCAAGAAACAUGGGUAGGAAUAUUAUGAAUGAGGUUUCUGCUCAGAGUGAAGAACUUGAAAAGGCGGUAAAAGAGGGUUACCUCACAACUGAUGAUGAGUUUCUAAAGCAAAAUAUCAGGGGCGGAGCUAGCUGUGUGACGGCACUGAUUCACAAAAACAAACUUAUUGUCUCAAAUGCGGGUGACUGUCGCGCAGUUAUCAGCCGAGGUGGGGUUGCAGAGGCCCUAACAGUUGAUCACCGGCCCUCAAGGGAAAGUGAAAAAGAAAGGGUUGAAGCACUGGGUGGCUAUGUAGAUUGCCUCCGUGGUGUAUGGAGGAUUCAGGGAUCCCUUGCUGUGUCACGAGGAAUAGGAGACUCUGAAUUGAAGAGAUGGGUAAUUGCAGAUCCAGAAACAACAACAACAAUAUUAUCUGACCCUGAGCUUGAAUUCUUAAUCCUGGCUUCUGAUGGAGUAUGGGACAAGGUUAGUAAUCAGGAGGCAGUUGAUGCGGUCCGAUCUGUGUGCAUCGGUGUUGACAAUCCUAACCCACUCUCUGCCUGCAAAGAGAUCGUUAACAUGGCCCUGACAAGAGGCUCGUUUGAUGACAUAAGUGCAAUGGUCAUCCAUCUUAGCCAUUUUGUUCAGUGAUCUAGACUCCUUUUGGUAGCCAUAGUAGAGGCCUGGUCUGCGUGUCUAUAGAAAAAUAGAUCUUGACUUAGGCUCACUGAAAUUAGUGUGUUACCAGACUCUUCCUUUUAGAAAUUUAAGGUUCAGCCAUCUCAACCACAUGACCCUUCCCAAACGGCAUCCUAAUGCUUGAGUGUAUUUAUUUGGGAUGAAAUGAGAAGCCUCCUGGAUUUUUCUGUGUGGUUGGUGAUCCAGACAUGCCAAGGCCAUACUAUUUCCUUGAGCUUAACAUGUUGAAUUCAUUACAAACUGAUAUUUUAUGUAACCAUUCACUUGUACAUGGAUUUUGAGUUUAAUCAUACAAUGAAUUUGAUGUUCUAUUCUCUGGCAACAAUGUUAUGAGAACGC